AUGACCGCCAUCCCGCUCGACCAGUUCGACGCCGUGCUUGGCUCCACCUCGACCGAGAUCUCGUCGGUGGCUCUGGGCGGCCGCGUGCUCAGCACGUCGGACGAGUGGUUCGCUCCCGCCUCGUCGCUGCUCAAGGUCGGUCCUGCGCCUUCGCUCAAGGGCCAGUUCGGUCCCAAGGGUGCGCUCUUCGACGGCUGGGAGACGCGCCGUCACAACCCGACCUACGACUGGGUCAUCCUGCGCCUCGGCCCCAACGCCGGCGGCCGUUUCAUCGGCUUCGACGUGGACACGGCCAACUUUAUCGGCAACGAGGCACCCGAGAUUUCGAUUCAUGCGCUCACACUGACCCCCGAGGAGGAGGCCAGCACGGGUAACGCACUCGCCGAGAACGACGCGCGAUGGGAGACUCUUGUGCCCGUCUCGCCAUGCGGACCGUCGCAGAGGCACCUCUUCAAGCUCGAGGCGGACAAGCAGCAAAAGGUGUACACGCACGUCAAGCUGCACAUGAUCCCCGAUGGUGGCAUUGCGCGUUUCCGCGUUUACGGCGUGAUCCCUCCACCGCCCGUCGGACAGGGUGACGGCGAGCAGAUCGACGCUACCAACAGCGCACUCAACGUGCUCGACCUCGCGCACUGCCUCAACGGCGGCCGCAUCGUCUUCACGGACGACCAGCACUUUGGCGCGGGAAGCAACAUCCUCCUCCCCGGCAGGGGCAAGGACAUGGGUGAUGGAUGGGAGACGCGCCGCUCGCGCGGCAAGGGCCACUUUAACUGGGCCAUCAUCAAGCUUGGAGAGCCAGGUCUGCUUUCGUACGCCGAGGUGGACACGGCGCACUUCCUGGGCAACUUCCCCGAGUCGACUGAGCUGCUCGGCACUGUGCACGAGGCGGACUCGGUUCCCUCUCCCGAUGCCAAGUGGGUGACGCUGCUGCCACGCACCAAGCUCGGCCCUGGUCGUCGCCACUUCUUUGCGCUCACCGACGGUGCUGCGGCGGCGUACACGCACGUCAUGGUCAAGAUGCACCCGGACGGCGGCAUCAAGCGUGUGCGCAUCCACGGUCGUCGUGCGGCGCCGCUGGCUGCCGCCAAGAUUGCGGCGGAGUCGCUGCCUGCCGUACCUGUGCCGCAGGACAUCCAGGACCCUCUGCCGUCGGCUACUUCGGACCCCUUUGCUCCCGUAAGUGCCGCCACCUCCCUCGCGCCUUCUUCAACCUCCUCGACCUCCUCGGCGGCUGCGGGUAUUGUGAUCCACGGCAAGUUUGUGCCAGCGGUGCCGCUGACGACGGCGGCGUUUGCUGCGUAUGGCGCGGUGAUCGACGGUCCGUCCGGUACCAACCCUGAUGCCGGCAAGCCGUUCAAGGUGGUGAACCAGGGCACGGCGAGGAAGUACCUCGACUUGGCGGCGAUUGUCAACAACUACUCCGCCGAGGCACAGGCGCGCACCAACGUGCACGUGUACCGCUGCGACCCUGCGGCCGCGCUGCCGUUUGAGGUGAAGCUGCUCGAGCGACACCGCUUCACCACGCAGGCGUUCAUCCCUAUGGUGCCCGUGGCGGGUAAACAGCAGGGCUUCCUCGUCGUCGUCGCGCUCAACGGUCAAGAUGACCGCCCAGAGUUGAGUUCGCUCGGUGUGUUUAUGGCGACGACCGAACAGGCGAUCCAGUACCAUCCGGGUAUCUGGCACCAUCCCAUGAUCGCGCUCGGCCAACAGCCGACCGACUUUGCAUGCAUCGUCAACGAGUCCGCCUCCCACCCGCAACUCGACUGCGACGAGGUCGAGGUAUAG